CUCGCUCCCUCCCUCCUCCUCUCCCGCUCCCAAAUCUCGAGCCCCCAAAUGACCCUGCGCUCGGCCGAAUCCUCGGAUGGCACCGACAGGACUGGGCCCCAGUGGGAGGCUGCCGGAGCGGCGGCGGCAGUGGCGGCGGAGCCUUCCGAGGAGGAGCGCCUGGAGUUCGCCAUGCGGGAAUUGAGGCUCGCAGGAUGGUACUGGGGUAACUUGAGUGUUGUAGAAGCCAAGGAGAGAUUACAAGAUACGUCUGAAGGGACUUUCUUGGUCAGAGACAGCUCGCACUCUGAGUACCUGCUUACUAUUUCAGUGAAAACGUCAGUCGGACCUACCAACCUACGCAUAGAAUUUCAAGAUGGCAAAUUCCGACUGGAUUCUAUUAUCUGUGUUCGGUCAAGGCUCCGGCAGUUUGACAGUGUGGUCCACCUGAUUGAAUAUUACGUUCUUAUGUGCAAGGACAGAAGAACUGCGUCUGAAAUGCCUUCCAAUGGAACAGUCCACCUGUAUUUGAAUAAACCUCUCUAUCAUUCAACUUCAUCUCUUCAGCACUACUGUAGGGUAGCUAUAAACAGAUACACUAAUGAGAUCCAGGAACUUCCCUUGCCAACAAGACUGAAGGAAUUCUUGAAAGAAUACCAAUAUCGGAUAUAAAUAUAUCAUCUACUCUG